GUUGGCGCCAACCGCCGUCUCGGAACUCCAAAACCCGCCCCGCCACGCCGUUUCUUGUUCGACGUGCGGGAUUCGGGAUGAAGCCCCCGACCACCUCCACCCUCGACGCCACGACCAUGACGCCGUCCACGCUCGACUUGUUCAUUCUCACCUUCAACUGCGCCAAGAAUCUGAUCAACACGUCUGUGUUCGCUGCGCACCUGUAUGGCGCCCUGACGCAGAAUGCCACGGGCCUGCCCGACCUUGUUGUCUUCUCGCUGCAGGAGGUCGCUCCCCUCUCGUACGCCUUUAUCGGCUCGUACUUUCUGAAUCCCUACUACGCGCGCUUCGGCGAGGCGCUCAACCUCGCGUCCGAGCGCGUGCUUGCGGCUGCUGCCGAUGACGCCAAUGACCGAGAUGCCUCCUCGUCUUCCUCCGCGGCCCGCCCGCCGUACACGCUGGUCCGAUCCAAGAACGUCGGUAUGACGUCCAUAUUGCUGUACGCCCGCGACCCGGCCGCCAUCCGCAAGAUCGAGGAGGCCGAGUGCGGCUUCGGCGCCGCCGACAUAGGCAACAAGGGCGCCGUCGGCCUGCGCGUGACAUGGUCGGACAGUGCAUCAAGCGGCGGCACGCCCAGAACCACCGAGCUCACCUUCGUCGCCGCCCACCUCGCCGCCAUGGAGUGGAACCUCAAGAAGCGCAACUCCAACUGGCGCAGCAUCGUGUCCGGCCUGACCUUCGCCAACCCGCGCGCCGUCCUGCCGGGCCUCUUCCCCCCCGCCGACCCGUCCCUCCCUCCGACCCCGGACCGCUCCGGCGCAGGCGACAUCGCCCCGCCGCCGCCGCCACCACCGCGGCCCACCCGCCUACCGACGGGCGACAGCCCGGACCCGUCCGAGGAAGAGCCAGAAUCGGACGGAGAAGAAGACGAAGACGGCGAUACGCACCCGCUGCUCCCAACAACAACGACAACAACAACAACACCGCCACCCCCGUACGACCGCGAAGCCCGCGCGGCGCUGCACGCCCUCUCCGUCUACAAACCGACCGCCCACCUCUUCGUGGCCGGCGACCUCAACUACCGCAUCGGCUCCACCACCCCGCCGCCGCUCGCCGCCUUCCCCUCGCUCGACCCGGCCUCGGAGCACUACUUCCCGGCCUUCUUCGCGCGCGACCAGCUCACGCGCGAGCGAGAGGCCGGCCGGACGAUGCACGGGCUGAGCGAGGCCGAGGUGCGCUUCGCUCCGACGUACAAGCUCGACGUGCUGCCGCCUGCCGCGUCGGGGGAUGAUGGGCAGGCCGAGGCCGAGGCCGAGGCCGAGGCGGAGGUGGUGCCGUGGCAGUUCGCGCCGCACCGCUGGCCCAGCUGGUGCGACCGCGUGCUGUACCUGGACGUGCCGGCGUGGGCGGCGGCGAAGGCGGCCGCCGCCGAUGGACAUGGACAUGGACACGGACACGGCGACGACGGGCCGAUGCUGCGGGUGGACGUGCGGGCGUACGAUGCGCUGCCCGUCGUCAGGACGAGCGACCACCGCGCCGUCUUCUUCCGCGCGCGCGUGCCGGUUCUGGGCGAGGACGAGAUGCGGCCGCCGCCUGAGAUGGUGGCGGAGGCGGAGGCGGAAGCGGAAGCGGAAAGGGCGGCGGCGGCGAAGCUGGAUCCGCGGCUCAGGCUGCCUGUGCCGGUGGACGUGCAUGCGUGGGAGCGCCGGGCGGCGGCGCGGAGGAAGGAGCUGGUCAUCGGCUGGUCGGCGUACGUGUGGAGCACGCGCGAGGGCGCGCUGCUGCUUGCUACGGCGCUGGCGGUGGGCGUGGGCGGUUGGUGGUUGUGGCGGGCUUGGUGAGCGUGGAGUUCGCACUUGUCUGUCUGGCGUUGGGUGUGGUAUAGAGUUUAUAUACCUUAUAUACCCUACACGGUUGGGGGGCGCUUGGAGCCAGGGGGCGUCGUGCGAAAGGCACGGCGGGUGUACUUUACCCGUCCGCCCUGUCGGUGUGUUAUCUGUGGGCUGGUUAUAGAGGUCUAGA